UUUCAUCUAGUAAACAUACCAGAGGAAAUUUUGAAAUGGGAUUUGAAUGCCAGAGAAAGAUUUGUUGAGAGUUUCCGCCAUGGAAAAGUAGAAAUGUUCCGUGCACGUGGUAUGAUUGUGGGAUGCGCAGGCGCAGGUAAAACAACUCUUCUUAGAAAGCUUCAAAGGAAUUACCAAGAAGAUAAUCAACCUACAGAGACAACGGUCGGUCUAGAGGUCCAUGAAGAUUUGUUUGAAAUUAAAGAUGGCACGUUAUAUGAUUUCAUCGAUAGUGAGGAAAAUAUUCCUGGUCCAAGAUUUUUAUGGGACGAUGAAGAGGAAGAAAAACGAAAGGUUAUCAAAGACAUUCUCCAUCACAGCAGCCGUGGUACAAAGCUGAUUAGUAUGACAGACUUUGCAGGACAAGUGGCUUAUUACGCAUGUCACCAGGUUUACUUGUCACGGAGAGCGUUCUAUAUCGUGGUCGUUGAUAUGUCCAAGGGUCUAGAUGAAGAAGUAAGAAUUUACCACACUGAUCGCCAUAACCCUGAGGGCUCCUUGUUCCAUUCCUGGAAAUACAAAGACUAUUUUCAUUUCUGGUUGCAAUCCAUACAGACAUACUGUGAUGUUGGAGAUACACAAACAAUCCAGGAAAGCACAAAGUCAAGAUCCAGCGUUCAUCCUGUUAUAAUUGUUGCUUCUCAUGCAGAUGAAGUGAACGAGGAUUUGCAAAAAAGGUUUUACGAGGAACUGGAAAACUGCUUAUCUGAUGAACAAUCUUUGAAACACCUUAUGUCUCGAAACAGAUAUUUAAAUGUCGCAUGUCCACCGAAUAAAUUGCAACCAAAACAAGAGGACUCAAUUGAACCCCUCAGAAAAUGUAUGGUAGAAACUGUAGAAAAGAUGCCACAGUGGGGAGAGAAAAUUCCUAUGAAAUGGGCAAAUCUUGAGAAAGUCCUGAUUGGGAUGAAAAAAAAUGGCGUGAAGGUGAUUAAAGUUAAAAAACUUCUUGAAAUAGAAGAGGUGGAUUUACCUAGCGAUAAAAAUCUUAAUGAUGGCCUUCGGUUCCUACACGAAAUGGGUCAAAUCGUUUAUUUCGCGGACGAGAAAAUGAAGGAUAUUAUUAUUGUAAACGUUCAGUGGUUUGUUGAUGCCUUUAAAUACAUCAUAACUGAUGAAAAACAUCUAGCAAGAAAAGGUAGCAAAAAUCUUUUAAUUACCACGGGGAGAAUUACAGAAAACGAGCUGAAAGAGACUUGGGAAAACUCUAAAAACAAUUAUAUUGAACAUAAAGACGAGAUUUUACCAUACAUGGACAAACUAGGUUUAAUGACAGAAAUUCCGGAUGAUUCUAAGGGUAAAACCUAUUACAUCCCGAGCAUGAACAGAACUAAACUUACCGAUGAUUGUAGAUAUGUAAUCAAAAAGGGACAAAAAACAUCGAUUAUGGUAUUCCAUUUCAAAACGUACUUGCCUCAUUUUUUCUUCUUUAGGCUGGUAGUUAACUGCUUUAAGAAAUGGAAGCCACUUGAUAUGGAGUUCUUUUGUAAAAAUGCAGCAUUCUACACGGUAGAAGAUGCUAGCCAUUACAUCGCAAUUGCUGUUAACAAAACGUCCAUUCAGUUACAGGUUUUUUCUGCAGAUAAAGAUAUGAAUCUGCAGUCAGAAUGCGUCAUACAGAUCAGAGAUACGGUGGAAAGUCUAAUUAACGAAGUAACGCAAACUUUUCACAGACACAUUGAGUAUGAGAGAGGUUUUUCAUGUACAGUUAUAAACAUUACAGAUGAGGAUGACGAGUAUUUCCUGAGGGAAAGUCAAAUUGUAGAAAUAAAAUCAAUUACCGGGAAAGAAAAAAGAUCAUUUCCUAAACAUGUUCUUCGGAAUCCGCAUGAUAUAAACAAAUAUCAAAUGAUGCAAUUCUGGUUCAAAUAAAUCGUUACUUCCUUUUCACAUUCGCAAAAGUAAGAAAUACAGUGAAGAGUCUGAUUACAGAAAUAACACAAACUUUUCACAGACAAGUUGAUUAUGAGAUAGGAUUUUACUGCCUAAAAAAGAACAUUACAGUUGAGAAUCAAGAUUUUUUUUUAUUGGUGAAAAUGACGUCAUGAAAGUAGGAACAAAUUCUGGUAAAUAGCAAAGAAUUUUUCUAAAAUAUACCAUGGAUUACAUGCAUCAUUUGACAAACAAGGUAUAAUGAGAUUCUAGUUCUAAAAAGAAAUCAUUUUCAUUUUUCUUGCUAAAAUAGAGAACGUUUUGUUUAAUUUGAUAAAAAUCCUGCUAAUGUUCAAGAAACAUUUCUUUUAUAUUUUUUUGCUGUGUAAACUUAUAUGCAUUUAUUUAGAAUUAUUAUUUCACCUAAGAUUUCA